AUGCCCAACCAGAUCAGAGACAUCGCCACUCGCGACGAGACCUCGUUCUCCUACAUCUUCGAGCAGAACCUAACCAUCUCGCUCAAAGAUAAUUCGGGUCUUGUCCGCUGCAAUGUCUACCGUCCCAAGACCUCAGAGAAGGUCCCUGUUCUCGUCACAUAUGGACCCUACGGCAAGGAUAUCAGCUAUGAAGCUUUCCAUCCCCAAAGCUUCAGCGAAGUAAACCCAGAGCAACGCUCCGAGCACUCAGCUUGGGAGACCCCAGACCCAAAAUUCUGGACUAGCAACGGCUACGCUGUUGUCCGCGCCGACGAGCGUGGCACCGGCCAGUCAAUGGGCAAGCUAGACACCAUGUCCCGAGGCACAAGUGAAGCCUUUUUCGACGUAGUCGAAUGGGCUGCCGAGCAACCGUGGUCCAGCGGCAAAGUCGGCCUCCUCGGAAUUAGCUACUACGCCGGUAGUCAAUGGCGGGUGGCAGCGCGUCAACCGAAGGGUCUUUCGUGCAUUAUCCCCUGGGAGGGAAUGUCAGACUAUUACCGAGACCGUUGUCGGCAUGGCGGAAUCCUGUCGAACAAGUUUAUCAAGUUCUGGUGGGAUCGGCAGGUCGUGAGUAACCAGUAUGGACUUGGUGGACGUGCAGCACGGAACUGGGGCCCUGAUAGUAUUGAAGGGGAUUUGCCUGAAGAAGCGCUUGUGCAGAAUCGACAGGAUCAGACAGUUGAUAAUGUGAACAAUAAGUUCCGGGAUGAUUUGUACUAUGCUUCGAAGGAGUAUAGUAUGUCUGAUAUCAAGGUUCCGUUGUUGUCUGUUGCGAACUGGGGUGGGAUUCUCCUUCAUCUCCGUGGUAAUGUGGAGGGGUAUACACAUGCUGGUUCGGAGUUGAAGUAUCUCCGCUUCAUCACUGGCCGACAUGAUCUGCCCUUCUAUUACAAAGAGGAAGUCGAGCUGCAGCGCAGUUUCCUGGACGCUUUCCUGAAAGGCGAGGACCGCGCCGGGUGGGCGAAUGGCACUGCUCCGAAGGUGGAUAUGGUUCUGCGCAAGGGUGAUGUCGGACACAACAACGCCGAAGCCGAGAAGACUUUCCCACGCCGCGUGGAGCAGGAGUGGCCUAUUGCUCGUACGCAGUACACGAAGUUCCACCUGACCUCGGACAACGGGCUCGUCACAUCGCCACCAAAAGAAUCCCGUUCAACAAAGAUCUCCUACCAGGCACUUGGCAACCUCGACAAUCCCCAGCUGGUCCAGUUCACCACUGACGCCUUCGAGACCGAGACCGAGAUCACGGGCCACAUCGUCGCACACUUGAAUCGCGAACCCGGGCUCGGAAACCCCCAGGAUCUGGAUUUGUUCGUGACAUUGCGGUACAUCUCGCCCGCUGGGAAGGAAGUCUUCUACACUGGUACGGCUGGUGACCCUGUGCCAUUGUGCAAGGGCUGGCUACGUGUUUCGAUGAGACAGGUUGAUACCGAGAACCCGAAGCACCGGCAUUAUUUGCCUCAUCGGAACUACUACUCAACUGAUGCCAAGCCUGUGAUUCCUGGUGAGGUCUAUCCUGUUGAUGUGGAGGUUUGGCCGACGAAUGUGGUUGUCGAGAAGGGCGGUAAAAUUCUUCUGGAGAUUAGUAGUGGUGAUACUCAGGGUUCUGGGAUCUUCCAGCAUAACUCGCCUGAAGACCGGUCUGUUGAACGCUUCCAGGGACAGAAUCAUAUUCACUUUGGUCUUGCGGAGAACUAUGUUACUCUGCCUAUUAUUCCGUCUGCUUAG